AUGUUGUCCCAAAUCAGGCUGCUGCAAUCGAGCAACCAAAUGCCACGAAGCAACAUUGUUACCGAGCUUCGGCUGGGAAAUCCGGCAUCAUGGCAAGGGCAAAAUGAUGACUUGAUGGCCAAGUCUGUUGCUCUGUGCUAUAGCCUCCGACUGAGUAUCCACAUAUAUCCCGACACAGACACCAGAUUCUUCAGCACGCAGUCACUUCGAUGGGAUGGUAACGAGUCAAUAUCUACAGUGGUUUCGAACGCUUUUCCAUCCAACUGGAAUUCUUCAGAUAUUGGAGUGAUUGAGCAGAAGCUAACGCUGGAAUACUUGUCUAGCUUUUAUGGGUUUAAAAUUUUCUUCAUAGACAACCUGGUCGAUCAUUUGACGAUCCAGCGGACUGCAGAUGAAAAUUGGCUACUCAUUUAUCAGCACAAGAUAUUCCUGAAAAACGAAUUGCGCUUUGGCUCGCUUUUGCCACAGUCGCUCGUGGAAGAGGCACUGGAUACCCUGAACCUGCUGCUGCCAUAUGACGACGAAAAGACAGCCAAAUUCCUCCGUCGCCAGUCCAUGGAGGAUUUUCACAGCCUCGGCCCUUGCAAUCGGAGUCGCAAGACUGACUUGUCAGAGUACAAGUACUUUCAAGCUCGGAUUGCACAUCUUUGCGCCGUGAUCAAAGAUGAACCUCCUAUUGGGAUCCAACAGCUAAUGCCUGGUUGGCGUGGCAGCAACCUAAGGGAGUUUUUGAACUUCUGGAUAGCAGUCUUUGUGGGCGUGUUGACCAUUUUCAGCAUUGCAUUUGGCAUCACAGCUUUAGUCUAUGCCAAGUGGGCGUACGACGUUGCAUUAUUGCAAUAUCAGCUCUCCUUGGCACAAGCAUGCUCCGAACCUGACGCGGUUAAAACGCUUCCGGGCUUCUGCUAA